AAGCAAGAUUUAAAUUGAGAUCAUCGUUCACUUGUCAACCACCAAAUGCAUCACACGGAUGUCUUCUCAUUUCGAUAUCAUUCAUUAUCAUAUACUUUCAUAAAAAAUCUAAACUUCCCAUACAACACACGGCGUUCGUGAAUAGAACCACAUUGUAAAAAACACAAUUCAAUUUAGGGUGAAAUACUUCAACUUCAAUGACAAUACACAAUUUACUAAGAAUUACCAGUCUUACAUCAAAAUAACCAAACCUCAUAUAAUAAUAUCUAAUUUAUUAAAACGUUUCAAACUAAGGUGAAAAUGAAGAAAGAUUAUAUAAGAAUAUCUAAUUUAUUAAACGACAUCGAACUUAGAUGAAAAUAAUCAAAGGUUGUAAGAAAAUACCCAAUUUAUUAAAAAAUAUCAAACAUAGGUGAAACUAGUAAAGAGUCAUAUUGAGAUACCCGAUUUAUUAAAAAAAUAUUAAACGUAGGUAAAAAGAAUAAAAAGUCGCAUUUAAAUACCCAAUUUUUUGGAAAAAUUUCAAACUAAGGUCAAAAUAACGAAAUCUCAUAUAAAAAUAUUUUAUUUAUUAAUACAUAUCAAACUAAGGUGAAAAUAAACAAAAGUUAUAUAGAAAUACCCAAUUUAUUAAAAAAAAUCAAACUCAGGUGAAAAUAAGUAAAGAUUACAUGAAAAUACCCAGUUUAUAAAAAAAAAUAUCCAACUUAGAUGGAAGUAACCAAAAGUCGUAUAAAAAUACCCAAUUUAUUUUAAAAAAAUCGAACACAGCUGAAAAUAAGUAAAGAUUACAUGAAAAUACCUAAUUUAUUAAAAAAUAUCGAACUUAGAUGAAAAUAACUAAAGAUCGUAUAAAAAUACCCAAUUUAUUAAAAAAAAUCGAACUUAGAUGAAAAUAACUAAAGGUCGUAUAAAAAUACCCAAUUUAUUAAAAAAUAUCGAACUUAGAUGAAAAUAACCAAAGGUCAUACAAAAAUACCCAAUUUAUUAAAAAAAAAUCGAACUUAGAUGAAAAUAACUAAAGAUCGUAUAAAAAUACCCAAUUUAUUAAAAAAUAUAGAACUGAGGUGAAAAUAAGUGAAGGUUACAUGAAAAUACCCAAUAUAUUAAAAAAUAUCGAACUUAGAUGGAAAUAACCAAAGGUCAUAUAAAAAUACCUAAUUUACUGAAAAAUAUCGAACUUACAUGAAAAUAAUCAAAGUUGAUAUUUUUUUUAAAUUCGAGAUAUAACGAUCAAUAGGUCAAAGGACAUAUUUUUUUUUUAAUUCGAGAUAUAACGCUUAGUAGGUCAAAGGUAUUAUAUAGCCGAGGUUAUUUUUUGGUGAGAAGAAGAAAACCGGUGUUUUUCUUACACAAAGUCACAAGAGUAAUAUGCUUUGCAAUGUUUUUCACAAUAAACUAGAUAUUAAGGCUGAAAAAAAAACUAUGAUCAUGCGGGGGAGGGGAAUGCGUCAUCCAGGGCACGACCUUUACCAUUGUCCGCUAUUUGACCUCUGUCGUUAUCGUCUAGGGUGCGACAUAUCUUGCCGUCUGUGUUAGUUUAGUAUUGUUUGUGUUAAUUUAUAGUAAUCUCUCGUACUUUAUUGUCGUCUGUUGUGGUUGUUGUCUUUUUCUUUUUUUUUCAUUCUUAGGUGUCAUUUGUUAUAGUUUAUUGUCGUCUGUUGUUGUUGUUGUCUUUUUCUUUUUUUCAUUCUUAGAUGUCAUCUAUUAUAGUUUAUUGUCGUCUGUUGUUGUUGUUGUCUUUUUCUUUCUCACUAGUUGUUAUCGUCUCUCUCUCUGUCUCUCUCUCUCUCGUUUCUGGUCAAAUGUUCAUCUAUUAGUGUCGUUGAACGGAGAGAGAAAAUAUAGAAAUUGGGGAAAAAUCUAUUUCUCUAAUUCACUCUCUCGAACACAUCUAUAAAUAGAGGUGCAUAUCCAGUUAUUCAAUCAUUUUACAAUUGUCGAUGGUCGAAGUAAGUCAUUUUUAUAAUUUCUUUUUUUUUCCCUUGCGCUGCGCCUACUUGUUUGUUCUCUCUAUCUUUUCAUUGAAUGUUUAUGUUUGCGCGUUUUUCUUUUUAAAUGUGUUCAUUUUGAUGUGAUACUUCAUUUUUCUCUUACUGUCAUCGUCCCAUCUUCUACCUAUACUUUCCAAGUAUUCUUGUUACUAGUAUCUACUUGCUUAUACCACAUACAGUCCUAUACUAGUUAUAUAUUCCAAUCUCUUCUCUAUCUACAUUAUCCUACUUUUCUACAUAUCAUCUGAAUUCCUUAUACUCUUUCCCCCAAAAAUAAAUCUUUAUCUAUCAUUCCAACUUUGAAAUACUUCUACAGUUUACUUUUUUUUUUUUUCUUUUUUUUUUUUGUAGUUCUGCAAUUGAUAUUCGAAUAAUAUUUCAACAUAUAUACGUAAACCAUAUAAAAAUUGGCUAUGGCAGAAAAAAAUACUAUUCAAUCAAAUAUGUCCAUUACAAAUACAAUUGAUAUUAAAAAAAGCGAAAUUAAACAAUACCACUUCUCCAAAUCAAUUCUCUUCGGAUGAUCCAACAACUUUAAAUAUAACAACAAGCAAUACAACUUCUCAUCAAAAUAUUCAUAUAACUCUAUCUAUUGUGGAUAGUAAACCAAAUCAAAUUAUGACAGAAGAAGAAGAAGACGAACAAGAAGAAGAACCAGAGAAAAUCAAUUUCGACAAUGAACAAGACUUAAAUGAAAUUCUCAAUAAAGCAAGAGAUGAAGAAAUGCAACAACUUUCUCAAUUCAUUACAGAUCAAAAACCUAUCGAUGAUGAAGUUGCUCAAGUGAUGAUCAGUCAAUUAGAUCUUACAUUGAACCAAAUGAAAGCAAGAACAUUAAUUAACGUAAAUGAUAACAACAAAGAUCAACAACAAAUUUUAACAUCACCAUCCAUUAUUACAGUUAUAACAACACAACAUUCAUAUCCACCUAUGAAUCAAACAGGUCAGAUAAAAGAUCAUGAUCGUCCUUAUGCUAAAUAUGAAGAAUUUGGUAUUGAAAAUAUUCAAUAUAUUUGUAUUGGUGAAGAAAUUAGUGAAUUAAAUCAUCAACAACAUUUACAUAUACAAAUUAUUUUUAAAGAAACAAUUGAUCGAAGAAAACCAUUUCUUGAUGAUACAACACAAACACAUUGUAAUUAUCAAGUAACACGCAAUGAUCUAGCUUGGAAUGAAUAUAUUAAAAAAGAUGGUAAUUGUAUUGAAUUUAAUGAAUUUAAAUCAACAACAACACGUGGUUCAAAACAAUGGCCAUCAUUAUCAUCAUCACCUUCGUCAAGAUCACCACGGUCUCGAUCACCAUCUACAUCUAGUACAAGAACAACAUCACCUGUUACGACAACGACAAUGAAUCUUCCUCCUGCUCCUGCUCCUCCUCCUCAUCCAUCUGUAGUACCAAAGGCAACAACUGCAAAAGCUCAAGCAGAAGAAAAACGUCAACAUCAACUUGAAAUAUAUAAACAAGCAAUUAAAUUAGCUGAAAACAAUGUUGAUCAUGCCAUGGAUCUCAUUAAACAAGAAAUGAUUGGCAAAUUUGUUGAACGUGGUAGCUGGUAUUUAGCAAUAUUCAAUUAUGUUCAUUUACGAGCACAACGUGAAGGUGAUCAAAGAGGUGAAAUUGAUAAAGAUUAUAUUUGGCCUCAUUCAUUUCCACAUUGUACACCACAAUUACGUGAAGCUAUGAAUUGUUGGAUCAAAGAAGAAUUUAAUCGUUCAUCACGUGCAAAAUGUCUUAUUAUAAUUGGACCAACUAGUACAGGAAAAACAUCAUUUGCAAUGUCAUUACCUGGUCGUGUUAAUUAUUUUCAAGAACGAUGGAAUUUAGAUGCAUGGAAUAAUUAUGCUCGAUAUUCAGUUUAUGAUGAUAUUCCAUGGGACGAUUUUAAUAAACUUAAUUUUCCUAAUAAAAAAAAUUUACUAACACAAAAAAAAUAUAAAAUAAGUGUAAGCUUCUGA